UUUAGUAUCAUGUCAGCGGUCAUCUUUUUCCCUCGAGGGACAUUAUGUGUUACAAGUAAAUGGUAUGCGAAUGUCUGAUUCAUCGUUAGAAAUCUAUAACAAAUAUAAAACAAAUGUUCUACAUGUAGUAUUUAAUAAGGAUAUGUACAUGUAAUUAUAAGUCUACACACUUAUUCAUCGCUCCGUUCACAACUAUCUUUAACAUUCCAGGUGUAACAUCCAUAUUGAUUUUUUGGUGAACGCAUCAUUUGCUUUUAAAUACGGAUCAUAUAACAAGUUCAAAAUGUAGGACAUUUAAUUCCAUAGAUGUUCGAAAAUGUGACCUAUGCAUUGGCCAGUUCUGUCAAUUAUUUAAUAUAGGAUUUUAAAUAUAUUCGAUACAGGUAAACAUUCAUUGACCGGCCAUAUGUGUAUAAUCUACCUUUUAAAAGUGAGAGUUCUAUAAUAAUAAUAUAAUAAUAAUACAAAAGAAAGCAUUUCUCAAUGGAUUUCCGCGGAAAUGAGAACGAGCCUCUACUGAAAGUGCAACAGAUCCCGCAACAACAGAGACCGACAUGGAUAAGCACACGUGUGAAAGUAAUGAUAUAUGCGUUGAUCAAUACAAUUGCUUUACUAAUUGCAGGUUCAGCACAAACACAAUAUAUAUAUGCAUAUGUAAAACAACAUGACGCUACAAAAAACUCGACAACGAAUUCAAAUAAAAGUGUUUCAAAAAAUGAUUCGAAGACAUGUGGCGUAAAUGGUACUUCCGACGAUAGGAUACAAGCGAUAUCGGCCGACUGGUCAUGGUAUAUUACUCUAGCCGAGUACGGAAUCGCUAUUCCAUUUAUUAUUUUCAUUGGACCUAUGGUAGAUAGAAUUGGUCGUAAACCAGUUUUACUCUGGAAUUUAUCAUUGAUGACUUUGUCAUUUGCAGUUAAAACACUCACAAUUUAUUUUAAAUUGAACUUGUAUUACUUUUUAGUCGGAUUCGCAAUUGAAGGACUUUCUGGGACAUUUUCAACAUUCAGUAUAGCAAGUUGUGCACUGCUUGCGGAUACAACAUCAAAAGGAAAAGACAGAACUAUUGUCAUGGUGAUAUAUGAUGCGGUAAUAGGAUUGGGAGCCUUCAUUUCUUUUAUAGGGACAGGAUAUUUAAUAGAGUUCACAGGUUUUAUUUAUCCUUUUGCUAUUUCAGGUGGAAUAUUUUUCUUCUUUACUAUUUUAGUAGCAAUUACUUUAGACGAUUCUCUAGUACAUCGUGAAACGACAAGUCGAAUACAAGUGUCGGUGUUUUUAGGACAAAUAUUUUCCUUGUGUACAAAAGUAGAAAACAUAAGCCGUGGUGUUAGCUAUAUUUUAAUUUAUUUAUUAAUAUUCUUUAUUUAUAAUAUGCCAUCCUCGGGAUCUAUAACAACUAUAUUUACUUUGAGUUCACCAUUUUGUUGGUCUUCGGAACACAUCGGGUGGUUUAGUGCUGUUAGUUCUAUUGUAGUGUUUGUAGGUGGAACCGCUAUUCUCAAAAUUUUGCAGACAUGUUUUAAAAAUAUUAGAGACGAACUGGUUGUAAUAUUUGGUUUACUAUCCUCUGUGGCAAGUUACAUUAUAUUCGGAUUGUCAACGACUGAUCAUAUGAUAUAUGAAUCUGCGGGAGUUGGUAUCCUUAAGAUUCUUCCAGUACCUUUGAUCAAAGCCAUUUUAUCCAGAGCUGUGCACCCAGAUAAACAAGGUGCACUGUUUUCGAAUAUAUAUCUGUUAGAUACAGUUUGUACAAUUUUUGGAUCUACCUUAUUUAAUAACAUCUAUCAUCAUACAGUUACAUUACACAAAGGAUUUGUGUUCUUUGUAAUGGCUGGAUUCCCUUUCAUAGCUCUUGUUAUGAUGAUAUUUGUUACGUGCAAGACAUAUUCGACAAGAGAUCCAGUCGAGCUAGACCUCGACAAUCCGCAAAUACAAAAUUCAGAUUCGCCAUCUUGACUACUCGGU